AUGAACAGGAUCCAGGGAUCCAACCGGCGUCUAGAAGAAUACGCCAGGAGGAAUAAGACUAUGAACCAACUCCGGGACGCAACUCCAAGGGAGAGCCGAGGAAGCAGAAAGCCAAAGAGACUCCCAAGGGACCGUAGCGGGAGAACCCCCCAGACAAGGACAUCAGGAGCAACCAAAACUAAAAGGUGGAAGGUCACAGAAACUGAAGCAAUCCGAGCCAGCGAAGAAGUCGAGAGAAAUACCAGACCGAGACAAACAGAAGCAAUCUCCGUCAGGAACAACUUCAGGAGGAGGGAGCUCGGAGGAGUAGGGGCAACCAAUCAAAGAAGGAGGAGUUCCGAAGCCGGAGGGAGGAUGAGAAGGAUGACAAUCGUCAAGGGAGCCGCAGGGGUUAAUCAGUAA